CGUUGUUGCAUUCGUUUCAUUUCAACAGCAGGCAGCCAAGGCAAGGCUUGGCAGGAUGGUCGGCUGCCUUGAUUACAUUACUUUUUCAUGAUACAUAUAACUAACCAUCCAAACACAGCUGUGCGUUUGAUACAUUUAUCUUCUGUUUUCGCGGCAAGAACAGUGCACGAGGAAGAAAAAGCGCCUUGUUCUGGAGUCUGACCGGUAUAACGACACCGAUGGGACUGCACAAUAUAACAAGCAACGACGUUUCCCAUUUAAAGUUUUGGAUGAAUGCUUCAACAUAAGGAUUGUAACUGAGUUAACACAAAUAAGGGACACGUUUCGGGUCAAUGAAUGUGUUUUUCCAGGUGAAAACAUGGCUAGUUAGCUUCAGCUAGCGGUUAGCUAACUAGCUAAAAGGCUAACUCACACCAGUCUGAAGCAGGGUUGAGAUGUUCGUCUAAAUUUGGACCGAAGCUAGCUAAUCCAGGUAGCUAGCUAGUCACUGACAACAUUUCUGUGACAAGCUGUCAAACCCAUUGUAUGUAGGAGUCUUUUUAUAUGGUGAUUUAUUGAUUGUGCGUGUUGGGAAAAGUUGCAGAUCGAAACUUUGAUCACAUCUGCUGGCGGAGUUGUGGAAACAAUGUUUCAUUGACAUCGCAAAGUUAGCCAGCUUGCUACCAAACGUGACUUCAACGCUACUAUCCUCAACCAGGCAAUGGAAUUCAGAAUGAGUCAUUUCGGGUGUUGUCUUCCAAAAUUCUAAAAGCUGCUUCUAGAAUCUUACAAAAGCUUAUUUCUCAUCCCGCUAACGUUACACGUGGGAUGAGACUGAGAUUGAAAGGAAUAAAAUCUGAAUGUUUCCAAACAUGGGGUCGUUAAAAGCGCUUCAAGAAUGGUGUCGGAUACAAUGCGAGAGUUACAACGAUGUAGACAUCAAGAACAUGUCAUCGUCUUUCCGGGAUGGUUUGGCAUUCUGUGCCAUAAUCCACCGAUAUAGACCGGAUUUGAUGUAAGUAUUUCGUUUCAAUAAACUUUGAAAAACUUCCUCCACUUCUUCCCAGGCCUAAACAAGAUGAUAUUGUCCCUCAGAAACAAUACAUAUUUAGAAACAUAGCACGCCAGCUACAAAGAGUGAGUUUAUUUAACACAUCAGGGCAAAAUGUCCUUAUUGACAAAGAUUCUUAAAUAACAAUGGAACUCUCAAACUCAUCAAGAAUGUAGCAAUUUGUUGCUCCAAAAUAGGAUCACUAAUUAUAAUGUUGCAACGUGCUGCAACACUUCAUCGCUGUUACAAUGUAAGACAGGGGCAGCAUAUAAGUCAAUACCAGAAGCAUUUAUUGACUGAUCUCAAAAGUGUUGGCUUACAAAAGCAAAAUAAGUUAUCACAGUAAAAAUAAUCAAGGGUGUUCUUUCACAUUCCUCAACACUGCAUAAACAAUAUGCAUUUCCAUAAACAAAUGAAAUAUCAGCUGAAAAUACAGCAUCUUGGUAUUUGUUCAGAUUGCAGGAUCAACAAGAGCUUUUACCACAUUUUUUGAUAUCUGUUUAAUCUUACCUUAUGGCCUGCACUUGCUUGUGAAGCUGUCGAGGGCACGUUUGAUAGAGACAGCAUCGAUGUCCUUCUUCUGUAGCUUCUGGUACAGAAUGUCGACGUGGGGCAUGAUUUUGUGAAAAAGCCGCAGGAAAAAAAUUAAAUCUUCAUCAUGUAGUAUCCUCACGUAGCCAGCUGCCUCUCUCAAGGUGUGCUGGUCAAAUGAACCCAAUGAACCCGUCCGGAUGGCUUCAAAACAUUAUAUGAGGUCGUCUCGAUUCUCGUAGACAGUGUUCACGACUCUGCUGUUGCUAACCUCAUCGUUGUGGCGGCGGACAGCUAGCCUGUAUCCCUCAUCCAGUUGAGUGGCAAUAUUCACUCUCCCAAAAGCAGACAAUCUCAAACAGCUAUAUGUGGGUCUUUGACAGCUAAUUUUUCUUAAUCUUUUCUGAAAGAUGGUGCAUGUCGGUUACACCAGUCGCUGUCCAAGCGGUGCUGUCUGCUGUGCCGCCUUCAGGGUGGAAGAGUAAGCAGGGGUAGCAAAAAACUGCAUUAGCUACAUCGCAGCCUGCUAGCCAGGUUUUCCGUUCAUACCAAUUUUUGGAAAAUCCUCGGGUGUAGGACUUCCCCCCUUUAGUAGACACCUGUUGAAUUAUUAAAUUUGGUCUGGGGGGUCCUAAUUGUUUCGUUGCCAAUUUAUCUUCAUUUGUUCGCCGACAAAAAGGAACUUCUUUCAAAGACACAAUCGAGUUGGACUGAAGCCUAGCCAUUUUGAUAGUAGUAGUGAAUUGAAUGAGGCUGCUACCUGGUCUUUUCUUAGUUACGUUCAUUCGUGGUUACGUUAUGUAUGACGAAAGCGCGUAAGUGCAAGCCCACAGACACCCAUAGAGAAUGUAUUGAAAGCUUUGAAAUGUGACAAAACUAGAUUUUACAUGGGAGUCUAUGACAGACUUCUGGGCGAUUUUCAACCUGACUGAAAUCGCCCAAAAAACGGGCGGGGCCAUUUGAAGCACGACUUUAGCCUGAUUUGACAUUUAGUGGCUGGCAGAUCAGACGUGAACACUGAUAACUGCUGUUGCCGUGAUAUAAUUUUUUAUAAAUUUAUAAAAAAAAAAUAUUUUUUUUUAUUUAAUUUUUUUUUAAAUAAUUGAUUAGAAAAAAAAUCCCUUCCUUUUCCCGUUUGGCAGUGCGUCGCCCAUAUCGCCCUAUUGAACAAGCCGUCCCUGAACAACUGUUAACAGAACUAGCUGGGCGCUGAACUUCGAUACAGUAAUGCAUGAUUGCUGACUUCACUAUAAUCUAAUCCUAUCAUCAGGACACUCGAGUACACUCUGUGUUCCUGGUCAAACGCUAGGCUAAGUGAACUGAUCUAGCCUGUAACUAGAUAAUAUAAUGGGGUGGCAUAUUAGUGCUCUCAGCCAGAGCCAGACCACCUUCAGAAUUAUGUAGCCAGGGAACUAAAUUUGUCUUGAACACAGACAAGAUCAUGUCACUACAACAUGCAACUAAAUAUAGGGAGGGUGUGCCCUCUGGCUUGUGUUGGUGUUUAUUAUUUUACCACCAGUGUUUGUGUGCAGAAUGAGAAGAUUUGCUAACUACCCUUUUGCCACAACGAUCACAUUGUUCCACUAACAACGUUUUUGUGAGCUAUUACGGCCAGCAAACCUAGGCUUGACUUGUAAUCUAGGCGUCAUUACAGAGACGGUUUCUAAGCAGCAUUAGAAAGGGGAAAACCAAGGGUAAGCCAAGUGUGCUGUAUCUAAUGUGGGUUGACGGGCCUGCCCUUGUCUGUAACAACACACCCCUUUUCCUGUGUUGGAGUCACACACACUGCAGUCACAAAACAAGGGCACAGUUAGGCCACAAACUAACUGCAUGAAAAUGUUUGCGUUGAUGGGUUGCAAGGAAGCGGAAGAUGGUAAAUAGAACUGCCUUGACUGAGAGUAAGAGUGAGCAAACUAUGAUGCCUCACAUUCAAUACAGUACAAGACAGAUCAUUCAGGUACAAUCACGCACCUCAUACUGUAACUCUGCUGUGUAAUGGCAUGUCUUAUUGCUGUUCUGCGGACGUCACACGUUGUGUGUCCAUGUCCUUCAACGUGUGUGUGUGAAAACCAAGCGUGCAUGACCUGCAUGCAGGAUCUCAUACACACUGCACCAGUACUACACACACUGCACCUAUCCUGGCUUGUGUGUGUGACAGGACAUGAGAUCACCUGACAUGAGUGUCUCUCUCGACCUAAGUCUUCAACUACUACAUACAGUAGAAAGGGAGUGAGUGAAGGCAAAUGACACCAGAUAUAUUACAGUACAUCUAUCUCUAUGGGUCAAAUGCUAAAGAUCCAGCUCUACCUCUGUCCGCUGAGCUUAGAGCUCUUUGGCCAGGCAGCCUCAUCAACCAACCAGCAGCGCUGCACUGUCCUCCCUGUGACUGUCUUCAGUCUGAUCCAGACAGACAGGCCGUCAGGGUAAUCUGCAGCAGAGGCCUCCGCCUGCCAACCUGCAUUUAGCUCUCAUACUACUCUAGCCAGUCAGUGUGCAGUGCUGCACAGCAAUGCUACUCCUGCUAUUAGUGCUGCACUGACGUCUGUGCUAUCAGCAUUCAGCACUCCACUGUACUAUACAAAUGCACCACAAAUAAUAGCAAAAGUGGUCACAUCGCAGGACUUAUCUGACUGAAACCUAGUAAUGUCAUUCAGGAUCAGACAGGGUCCAGUUCUCUCUUGACUGAAGUGGCUCUUGGUUCAGGGCUAAUAAGCAAGGUGAUUAAACUGACGCUAUAAGUCUGACCAAGGUUUGGUAGGGGCAACUUUGAUUAUUUCCUCAGUACAAACAAUAAGCCUUGUUCAGUAGAUCCAUCAAUGGGCCCAGACAGAUUGGCCCAGAUCAGUUAUUAUGACUGUAAGUCGCUUUGGAUAAAAGCGUCUGCUAAAUGGCAUAUUAUUAUUAUUAUUAUUAUUAUUAUUAUUCAGUCAGUAUCAACCUCAGUUUCAUGUGAUUUCGGUGCCUCAUGUCAGACGUUGUGAUUCUCUCUGACACACGACACUAGUGGCCUCCGUAUUGUCUCUCUUUCCCCUUUUCUGUAUUUCAGUUCCCUUUUCCACACUGACACGGUGUUCUCUACCUCUCUGUGAUAUUCUCCCACACCAUCCAGCUCACCCAUCCAGACUGUUCAAAAUGACACCACUUUUCCACCUCUCUCUAUAUACUGUCCACACAGCAACAUCACCACCAAAUAAACAGAGGACAUUUGACUACAUGCUGUGUUUGUUGUUAACCACCAGACCAUGAAGCUUAAAGCAGACCAUGUAGCUUAAAGCAGACCAUGUAUCUUGUUGGCAGCAACACCAAGUUCACUCGCACAAUACAGGACUUAAACAUGAGGAUGGUAGACAGCGAGCACACCGGUGGUGAUGGCAGUCCCCUUGCCAAAAAUAAACUUGUGAGCGAGGCAGCAAUACUUGUCGGAUUAGGUUCUCUCUCCCUCAUCCGUCUAUGUCAUGGUCUGCAGUGUUUCUCUCCCAAAAAUGUGCAAUGCUCGCAGAAGGAGUGGGUUAAAUCGGUCCGGAGUUAAAUUGGUCGGGAAUUGUUGGCAGAGAGAAAAAUGUUCUGUUUUUCCAGUUAAUUUCCUGCAAUUCUAUAAUAUAAUAAUAAUAUGCCAUUUAGCAGACGCUUUUAUCCAAAGCGACUUACAGUCAUGCGUGCAUACAUUUUUGUGUAUGGGUGGUCCCGGGGAUCGAACCCACUACCUUGGCGUUACAAGCGCCGUGCUCUACCAGCUGAGCUACAGAGGACCACAUUCUAUAAAUGUUUCCAUGGAGCUGAGAGAACAUUUUGCAGUGUGAAAACAAAUUUCCUGCAAUUAUAUGCAUUUUGCCAUGGCUAAUUGUGUGUUCUUAUGCUCAAACAUUAUAACAAAAUCAAUGGGGGCCCCUGGCCAUGGACACUAACCCUGCGUGCCCCGUCACUAAUCCAACCAUGCCAAAAAUACUCCACAAUUUGUUUUUAGAAGUGUCUAGCUUUUAUUUUGUUAUUUCUUGUUCUCAAAGAUUAUAUUUUAAAAAAUGUGAUAGGUCAAUUAUCUUUUCUAAAAAAAAAAUUGUGGCAACAACAAUUUAGCAGCUGCGGUGCGCCACUGCUAAAUGAAUACAGGGGAAGCAUUGCUCUGAUCUGGCCUGUCAGGCUGUCAGCUGUUGAAGGACAGAGCGACACCACUCCAGAGAUUUCAUUGUUACUCAAGGAGGAUUUGGCGGUGGCGGUUGCUGCACUUUGCACAACUUUGAGUCAUAGCAGACUCAGCUGUAGCGUUAGCGCUUUAGCACCAGUAGGCCUACAGCAGAGUGGGCCAUCACAUACAGUAGCCUAGGCAGGGUGUGUGUGACGUAGCGCUAGUUCAGGACGGAUAAUCUAAUUGCAUUAGGGGCCAUGGGAGUCAGAUUAGGGGGAGAACAGAGCUCACUUUGUGCUAUAGGCUGCCUCAUACUAGUCUAUAGGCUGGCUGUGCUAUAGGCUGCCUCAUACUAGUCUAUAGGCUGGCUGUGCUAUAGGCUGCCUCAUACUAGUCUAUAGGCUGGCUGUGCUAUAGGCUGCCUCAUACUAGUCUAUAGGCUGGCUGUGCUAUAGGCUGCCUAGUCUAUAGGCUGGCUGUGCUAUAGGCUGCCUCAUACUAGUCUAUAGGCUGGCUGUGCAAUAGGCUGCCUCAUACUAGUCUAUAGGCUGGCUGUGCUAUAGGCUGCCUCAUACUAGUCUAUAGGCUGCCUCAUACUAGUCUAUAGGCUGCCUAGUCUAUAGGCUGCCUCAUACUAGUCUAUAGGCUGGCUGUGCUAUAGGCUGCCUAGUCUAUAGGCUGGCUGUGCUAUAGGCUGCCUCAUACUAGUCUAUAGGCUGGCUGUGCAAUAGGCUGCCUCAUACUAGUCUAUAGGCUGGCUGUGCUAUAGGCUGCCUCAUACUAGUCUAUAGGCUGGCUGUGCUAUAGGCUGCCUAGUCUAUAGGUUGCCUCAUACUAGUCUAUAGGCUGGCUAGUCUAUAGGCUGCCUCAUACUAGUCUUUUUUUCUUUUAUUUUUUAUUUAACCUUUAUUUAACCAGGUAAACCAGUUGAGAACAAGUUCUCAUUUACAACUGCGACCUGGCCAAGAUAAAGCAAAGCAGUGCGAUAAAAACAACAACACAGAGUUACAUAUGGGGUAAAACAAAACAAGUCUAUAGGCUGGCUGUGCUAUAGGCUGCCUCAUACUAGUAUAUAGGCUGCCUCAUAGUAGUCUAUGGGCUUGGCUGUGCUAGGGAGGUUUCAAACUCUCCUCCAAGGUUGUGGUGUUGGUGUUUUUCCUACUUCCCUUCUUCAACAGAGCAGACACGUUGCGUCCAAAAGCAACUCACUAAUGUUCCAGGAUGCAUCCCAAAUGUCACCCUAUUCCCUACAUAGUGCACUACUUUUGAUCAGGGCCCAUAGAGCUCUGGUCAAAAGUAGUGCUCUACACAGUGAAUAGGGUGCCAUUUGAGACAGAACCCCAGUUUUACAGCAGGAUGUUAAUUGGUGGGAAUAUGGGGUUUAGUUCCCUGCUCCAGGCCCAGUCGACCAGCCACCUACUCAUUACUGCUGUGUUGAGCCAACCUGCUGUCCUUUCAUCACAGUGGGGUUCACCCAUAAAACACUUGAUGGGGGCUGUGGCCCCAUUGUCUCAUUGAAUGUGGAGGUAACUGCUUGUGUAUGGGCAAACACUGUCUGUCAUUCUGUUAGGAUCUUGAUGGUGUUUGAUGGGCCAUCACUCAAGAGACUUUUCAGAUGAGAUCCAAUUGACUUUACCCUCCCACCCAAGAUAGUUAGGCCUGUCAUUACUUAAAGAUGCACUAUGUAGAAAUCGCUCCAUUUCCUGGUUGCUAAAAUUCUAGUAGUUUGCCUAAUUUCAGUUUAUGUGACAAAACAAGAAUAAUAAUAAUAUAAUAAUAAAGUAUAGUGUAGAGAAUCAUUGUACCAUCUAAACCGCUGUGAAAUAUAUUUUUCGUAACCAGAAAUAUUGUAUUUUCAGCUGUUUGAAGCUGGUGUACAAAACCCAAAGUAAAAGAUGCAAAAACAACUUCAGAAUGGGAAGCAUAGAAAUAGCACUCAUAGAACAGAUCUACCGCUUCUUAGACACACUUUCAACAGGAAAGAAUCUAUAACUGACCUAUAACUCACAUUUCUAUGUGAAUUUGGUUGGGUCGCCAAAAGGUUACAUAUUUUAGCGUUAAUAUGCUAUAUGGUUUAUUACUGUUCUGGUUAGAUGCUCACCCUUUUACCUAAUAAUAGUAGUGUGAUCUCUCAUAUUCUGACCGUAGUAUUGUGAUGUAAUGUUGUAUCAAUGAUUUAGAGUAGGCUAUUUGUUUAGAUUUUAAAUGUUGUCUUUUGUCCCUCUCAUUCCAGAGACUUUGACUCCCUCUCCAAAGAGAAUGUCUACGAGAACAACCGUCUGGUGAGUCACAAGAACACAUCACUUCUCCACACAUACAGACACACUCUAAUAGCCUAGGCCUAGAUGUUAUGAUUAGUUGUGAAUCAGCCAGUGACUUCAUGUUGCCGGAUACUGUAAUUAGCUGUGACAAGUCAGUCAUGGUUGUUACUCUGGUUCCCUCCUCGGUGUCAAAUCAAAUUUCAUUUGUUACAUACACGUGUUUAGCAGAUGUUAUUGUGGGUGUAGCGAAAUGCUUGUGCUUCUAGCUCUGACAGUGCAGUAAUAUCUAACAAGUAAUAUCUAACAAUGUCACAACAUAUACCCAAUACACACAAAUCUAGUAAGGAAUGGAAUUUAAUAAUAUAUACAUAUAUGGACAAGCAAUGACAGAGCGGCAUGGACUAAGAUACAGUAGAAUAUUAUAGAAUAGAAUACAGUAUAUACAUAUGAGAUGAGUAGUGCAAGAUAUGUAAACAUUAUUAAAGUGACUAGUGUUCCAUUUCUUAAAGUGGCCAGUGAUUUCAAUAGGCAGCAGCAGCCUCUAAUGUGCUAGUGAUGGCUAUUUAACAGUCUGUGGUAGGCUAUGUUUUGGGUGAAUUCUGUAAUGCUAGAAUACAGUGUAGCCCAGGUAUAGGCCUGCUAGUAUGUAUGAGAGUAUGAGUGUUGUUUAGGAAGGUCAUGGAGAUGAGGAACGGAUGGAUUGUGGGUAUGACAGAAGAGCAGUGUCAUUAGUCAUUACAGUUAGUUAGUCAGUUAAGUGUCAUACAUUUUCAUUGGUCUGUUUCAUACUUCUGUGUCUGUCUGUCUGUAGAGAGCAUAGUUGUGUAUUGGAUCCUGCUGGAGCCUGUCAUGGGAAAGGGGGGUGAGAGAGGGAGAGGGAGGGAAGGAGAGAAAGGGGGAGCCAGAGCGAGCAAAUGAGGACAGGAAAGAAAGACAAAACAGCUAACCGAAGGGAGGAUAUUUAAAAAACUAGUCCUCCACUAUAGGCCUGUUUGUGGUAGCAAUGCAUUUACAUAAAAGCCAAAUAUUUGUUUAUCAACAACUGUAAAGGGGCCAAAAUAACAUUGCUCUAAUAUUGAGUAGGCCUUGGUUAGCCUAUUUGUAUUAAUCCUCAAACUGAGCUUGAGUGUUGGCAGCUGAAUGCUACUAUUUACAUUUCUUUCCAAUUAUCCAAGAGCUUUUUCAGGGUAGAAGCAGUUGGUGGUCGAAAUAAGUGUUUGUUUCACUGGCAGCAUGUCAGAUAUCUAUGAACAUUUGGAGUGUUUUCACUGUAGCUACGACAUUAGCCUGAGUUAGCCCGAGACAGCCUAAUCCUGAACCCAAACACGCAGCAUACUAAGCUAAAGCUAGAUGAUUAACUUCCAAUCAUUGUCUACACGGUAGAUUUCAAUUGUUCCCCUGCGUUUGUUUACCAUUGUUUCUCAGACUUAUCUGACUACUGAUAAUCCUUGAAAAGUUUUAGUCAUCAUGGGACAUUCUGUUUUGAGUUAAUUGUUAGAAUUUAUCUUGCUUCUGGGAUAACAUUCAGCUGAACUACUCUCUGCAAGCUGUCAUUGUUUUGACUGAUAUUACAUUUGGCCGAGAUACAUUUGAUGAUUGUUUGUUUUUCACAUGCAAAAACAGCUCCCAUUCACUGGUUUGUUUAAAUGUACACAGUUUGUAACAGUUUGUUUACAUGUACACAGUUUGUAACAGUUUGUUUACAUGUACACAGUUUGUUUACAUGUACACAGUUUGUAACAGUUUGUUUACAUGUACACAGUUUGUAACAUUUUGUUUACAUGUACACAGUUUGUAACAGUUUGUUUACAUGUACACAGUUUGUUUACAUGUACACAGUUUGUAACAGUUUGUCUACAUGUACACAGUUUGUAACAUUUUGUUUACAUGUACACAGUUUGUAACAGUUUGUUUACAUGUACCGGUACACAGUUUGUUUACAUGUACACAGUUUGUAACAGUUUGUUUACAUGUACACAGUUUGUUUACAUGUACACAGUUUGUAACUGUUUGUUUACAUGUACACAGUUUGUAACAGUUUGUUUACAUGUACACAGUUCUGCAUCAAUUGUGGCCCUGUUUACUGAACAGCUGCCAAGUGAUUGUGUAAUCCCCAGUGUUUUGUAACCUGACCAGCAUUGCGUCCCAAAUUGCACCUAUUCCCUACAUAGUGCACUACUUUUGACCAGAGCCAUAUGGGUCCCCCUAUUCCCUAUGGACCCUGGUCAAAGUCGUGCACUAUUUAGAGAAUAGGGUACCAUUUGGGGCACAGAACUAUUAAGGCCUUCAUUUCCUCAGUGGAAUUUUUCAUUAGGCAGAUGGUUAUCUAGCCAACAGUAUUCAGGCAGGCUUUAACAUUUCAUUAUGACCAAAUAACACUGAGGUUUGUUGAAGCAGGGGAUCAAGUAUCAAAGUACACACACACACAAAAUAAAAUAACUGAUGUCUGUUUUCACAUUGUUGUUUUUCUCGCUCUUUCUUAUGGUCUUUCCCUCUCUCUCUCCCUCCCUCCCUCCCUCCCCCUCCCUCCCUCCCUCCCUCCCUCCCUCCCUCCCCUAGGCGUUUGAGGUGGCGGAGGCGGAGCUGGGUAUCCCUGCUCUGCUGGACCCAGAGGACAUGGUGUCAAUGAAAGUGCCUGACAGACUGAGCAUCAUCACCUACGUCUCCCAGUACUACAACUUCUUCACCAACAAGUCCCAUGGUGAGUAGUACAGCUCUGGGGUUGGAGGACCCAGACACCGUGAAAGCACCAAUCCAGGACUGUGUUGUGGAAUGUCGCAGAUAGAAUUGUCAUGAAUAGAGCUGACGUGAUCCCUUUUUCUAUUUGUCAGAGAGGCAUAUUUGUUCUACAUAUUAUAGUUCUAUCUGAAUGUUCCACAACGAUUACCUACGGAACGUGGUCCAGGACUCCAGGGCCUUUAGUACACAACGGUAACCUAAGCGGUUCGAUAGCUGGAUAAGAAGUGGUGCUGUGUUGUUAGAUAUGACAGUAUCACCGACAUUCAUCACUGAGUCACUACUACAUGAUUGCAUUUGUAACUGGUCUCUCAAAAGUCCCUCUGGGCUUUGUAGUGCUCUGACGCAAAGGAAAAUAUCUACAGUAGCCAAUGCAUAAACUCGAUUAGAAAUUGACUGAUACCAUCUCCCUCUCCUGUAGCCAACCCCCCCUGCAUGAAGAGGUCCAGUGGUACAGGCCACAUUGAGCCGGCCCAGAAGAGACCGGUGGCCCCUCUGGAAGACAAAGUGGUUGAGCCUGAGGUAAGGGCUACGAUUGUAUCAGGGAAUCAGAUUAUGCAUGAAUACAUGUGGUAAAGAGGUCAAUGGAAUGUGACCAAAACAAUGGAAUUGCCAUGGAAACGCGUAGGGGAAAGGGCCGUAUGGGGAAAGAUCCGGAAUCUCCUCAUUGCCCCCCAGCAAUAUUAGCCUACCUUUAGGCUACUGUUUAUAUGUGUUGCCAGCUUCCAACCAGAACAUUAAGCUAGCUAAGACCAACAACACAAACAAACAGACUAUACAGCUACAAGUAGUGAAUGGAGUUACAAACUGACUGUACUAAACAAGUUAAAUGUCUUACCUGUGAUUUAAAUGUUUUCCACACACAUAGCUAGCUACGUGUAGCCUACUUGGACACCGGCUCCCCACAAUUUCCCACUGUCCCACGCCGAAUAGCCUGAAGCCAUAGGGCUCUUCUCGCAGGCUCUAUUUCCCAACGUGGGAGCAUUGCAAACCGAUGGUUGGGAUUUUUGACCUGGUGUAUGUUAUUUCUGUAUAACAGAACUCGAUGACAAAGUUGGCUCUUUUACACUGGGGGUCAAUGGGAAAUAAUGUUUUCCUUAUUAUUACGUGAAUAUCGACUCGGAGUAUGCAGAUAUUCUGGAUUGAUGGAAUGUGUGUAUGAUGUCAUUCACAUGGUUCUAAUUCAGCGCCUUAUUAAAUUAAACUAAUGGCUGCAUUAGAAGCCUACUACAUUGAUUUAACUUUUAUUGUACAUGCAUGAUAACUAUAACUAAUUCAUUGUAUUUGUUUAACAUAACAGGGAAUGUAUUUGUGCUUGUGGUUGUAUUUUGUCAUGGACCAAGACCUGGAAAACCACUCAAAGGGUGUUAUAUAACAUUGACUGUCACAUUAUUUAGGUGUCAUUGCAAACGUGUCGUGCACAAAGCACUCAGAGAUGCAUGAAUGGAUUGUUGUCUGUCUAUGGCAUCUAUUGGUGUGUCCGUAUGGCAGAGGUUGGGUACUAGUUAGUGUGUGAGUGUUUUCGAUAUAAGUCAUGUUGUCCAUUACAUCAAUGCGGUACGGGAUGGAGUAAUUCUAUUGACUAAAUACAUUUUAGGCUAAACUUGUAGGAUAUCUCAGAAAUAUGGCCUAUAAGGUACUAUUGAUGUGGGCUUUAUCCUAUAAGUUUAGCCUCCAUUGUUUUUCUUUUAAAGGUAGCUUUAAAGAUAGCCUUUGUAUCCUGUCUCUCCCCUUCUGCAUGCCCUCUCUACCACUUCCUCCCACCGUCCCCCCAUACCGGCCUCCUCCCUUCUUCCGCAUCUUUAGACGGAAAUCCACUCCUCUUCUUCCUCCUCCCCUUCUUCUUCCUCCUCCUCCUCUUCUUCCUCCUGGCCUGUAAUCUCCUCCCCUCUCUCUGGUCCUGAGCCUAGACAGUAGGAUGGGCGGGGGGGGGGGGGGGGGGGAUUGAAACAGUUAGGUCAGUCACUUUGAACUUUAACCUUUAACCUCUGUACAUAAACACUAACUAUUUAACUGUUGUUUUAUACCACUAACGUUGUGUGCCAAGUUUGAACACUUGCUGCUAACCUUUUAACUUUUAACUCGACCUAAAAACGCCUGCCAGAGUUUCUUCCAUUACUAGGACUAGUUUUCUACUAGACUUUCCUAACUAAUUAACAGCUGGUUUGGAACUUUACUACUUUCCCACUUAAUACAUAUCACUUUUUUAUAUCAAGACAAUAAUAUUUUGAAUGAAUAUAAAAUAAAUGCAAUAAUAAUAGUAUAGCUAGCUAAGACAAUGACUCUAAGCUGAUAAGGUGAUGAUGAAGUAUAACAGACUGGUUUUAGCUAGAUAAGCAGAAUGAUAAGCAGAAUGAUAAGCAGAAUGAAUCCUCCACAUCCUUGAUCCUGACUCCGUGUUUGAUCUCCCCCCACCUCCCUCCCUCCCUCCCUCCCCCCUAUCCUCUCCAUCUCCCCCGUCCCCCACCCCCUCCACCUGCGACCCGCACCCCCUGGCCACCUGCCUGCCACGCCCGUGCUAGCUGAGCCUACCUGGUCAGACGGGUACGGACGGAGGGGUACAGGCGGGGGUGAAGCGUAGCACCCUCAGCAGCAUCUGCGCUGCCUGCCAGAGGCACGUCCACUUGGUGCAGAGGUUCCUGGUCGACGGCAAGCUCUACCACCGCAACUGUUUCAGGUGAACACCACCACUUCAGUUACUGUAUAUCUGGUCUGCACAGCAACUACAACAUGUCAUACUGCUGAAUCUGUCAAUUGUAAAAUGAUAAUACACUGCUAUUCCAGUUACUCAAAACAGCCAGUUGCAUUGCCUCUGUUGACAUGCAUUUCCAGAGUUUGAAGAAAUUAAACUUUGAUUUUCACCAUGUUUUUACAAGUGUUUAAUCAAUAUGUUUACCACAGGGUAUGUCAGAGCCUACUGCCUUCUGAAUGUUGCCUCCUCCUCUCCUCUCUCAGGUGUAGGGAGUGUAGCAGCACUCUGCUGCCUGGGUCCUACAAGCUAGGAAACGAGGUCGGCUCCCUGGUCUGCACGCAUCACUUUGCCAGGUCUGCCUUAGCCAAUCAGAAUGGCCGACCGGACCUAAGCAAGCGACCGACAACGGUUCCGUCUGUCAGGAUUGGUCGACCCAUGCUGCCUCAAACUUCUCCUCCUUCUGGGAGGGACCAGGGGGCAAAGACUCCGCCCCAAGAGACUCUGCCAAAAGAGACUCCACCCCAAGAGACUCCACCAAAAGAGACUCCACCCCGAGAGACUCCACCAAAAGAGACUCCGCCCCGAGAAACUCCACCAAAAGAGACUCCACCCCGAGAGACUCCACCAAAAGAGACUCCGCCCCGAGAAACUCCACCAAAAGAGACUCCGCCCCAAGAGACUCCACCAAAAGAGACUCCGCCCCAAGAGGGCAUCACCAAUGAUGAUUACCCCCCCACACCAACCAAUGACUCUGACUCUACACCCUGUCCUACCUCAACGACAAAAACAGACUCUUUGAAAACAGAAAAAGAGAAAGCGAGGGAAGACGGCGCAGGAGAAAAAGAGGUGAAACCUCCACCCUCCAUUCCUCCCAACCCUUUCGAUGACAUCGAGGAAGAGCAAGACGAGGGAAAGGGGGAGGAGACUCAGACACCAGCCAAAGACACAGCCAAUGGGGUUAUCCCUCCUACACCUGUCAGUCAUCUAGGACUAGGGGACAGUAAGCCAGUCCCCGUCCCUCGCCGCUUGUCACAGCCCUCCCCUCCGCCUCGUCCCGCCCCCAGGGUCCGCCCACCCCGCGUUGACAACCUUGCGGUCAAUGGUGAGUGGUCGAUUUUAAAGGGAUUGACAGCUGAAAUAAGUUAUUGCUAUUUGCUGCAGUAGAUCCUCAACUGAACUGUGAACUCCCUGCUAAACUAAAAUAUAUGAAACUAAAUGAAACCUGUGAUUUUGACUCUCAGGUGAUCAUGGUGAACACAGGAGAUCUCUUCCUCCAGCUCCCAGACCUCGAGAAAGAUCCCACUCCCCUGGAAGGUUCAGUAUACUGACUAACCUAUCUUUACUAGAAGUCUACAGUGGUUGGACUACUUCAUCUGUUUGUCUCUCCCAGUCUCUGUCCAGCAGUCUUUGUGUGUUAAUGUAUGUUGAUGUUUUCAUGCACUCAUCUGUCUUUGUUGUUUUAUCCCCCCCCUUUCUGUUUCUGUCUCCCCCACUCAUCCUGUCUCUCAGCUCCAGUCUCUCCAGCGACGCCCCCAAACCCCCUAACCCGCCCUGGCUGGUCCUCGUCCAAUCCCAAGAACCCAAGAAGAAACCAGCCCCUCCCCCUCCCCCUGGAGUGGCUACGCCCCCAAACACUGGUUCGUUAUCUUCUCUAAAAGGGGAGGGCUGCAGACCAGCCACGCCCCCUGCACCCGCCAACCCCUUCGAUGAGGAAGUAGAGGAAGAGGAGGCGGGGUCAGGGGAGGGGUCAGUAGGAAGUUUGGUUUCGCCCACUGUGGUGGUGAGUCAUCCGUGGUACAGCAUCACCCAGGCUGCAGACGCUGCAGCUGAUCCAGACACGCCCCCCAGUGGGGGUAUUUCCUCCCGCUCUGCAAGCCCCAGUGGCUCCAGGUGCAAGAAACGUCCAGCGCCCCCAAAACCUGUUCCAAGGCCCCAAAACUCUAACUCAGGUCAGUGGGCCUUGAAGGUAACAGGAUAGGAUAGAGGUUGGUUAGAGCAGUGGUUCCCAACCAGGGGUACUAAGACCCCUGGGUGUACUUUGCCUAUCCACAGGGGGUACUUGAGAAGACUUAUGAAACCAUAGGCUUCUUGGUAAAAUGCACAUGAGGGGAUACUUCAGGGGUACUCCGGGCAAAGCAAAAUUCAGUUGGAGGUACAGUAACCAAAAAAGGUUGGGAACCACUGGGUUAGCGCAAUGGACUGGUUUGAUCCAAUUCACCUCAAAUCAUGUCAAUCAUGUGUCUUGUAUGUCCUGCACAGCACUGUGGUUUUGUUGUUGUCAUUUUGAAAGACAUGUGAUGUGUGUACAUGGAUGUUCACAAUGUUUUUCCCUCCAUCCUCGUCCCAUUCAACUCUACUUCGUUUUCCAUUUCAACUUCUGCUCCUUUUUUCUGUUUUCUGAUAUCACUUCAUCCCUCUUUCUUCAGCCCUUCCUCACUCCCAGCCCUCCUCUUCCUCUCCCUCUCCAGCUAUUAGCAUAGAAAGCCUAUCCUCUGCCUCCGACCAUAGCUCCUCCCACCCAUCUUCCCUAGGGGGCGGAGCCACCGGCGAUCAGGACAACCCCUUCACCAAGAGUGUAUCAGAGCCCUCCAUCUGCGGGCCCUGUGGUGGCUCCAACCCUUCCCCCUCUACCUCAGCCAAUCGCCUCUCUCCGAGCCCCUCCCCUCCUCCCCAGCCAGCCAAUCCUAGCUCGGCUCCAGCCACUCCGCAGAGCAAUCGGAGCGCCAGACCCCCUCCCCCGAGACCCCCGACGACACCCAGCCCCCUGGCAGCGUCAAGUGCUAUCCCCAAGGUAAGGGAUUCUAGACCUCUAAUUUUUUCACCAUGUAAAAAUACACUCCACUAACUUCUAAGAACCUUUUAAUGAUACAAUAUAUUCAAUGUAAUGAGCUUUAUAUCUAACUAACAAAUACCAUUAUAAUUAUUAAUACCUUGACAUUCAUCUCUGUCUUCUCUCUACUUCCAGCGGAUUUGUAAGGAAAACCCUUUCAACAGGAAAGCCUCUCCCUCCCCCGUUUCCUCCCCUAAAACCAGACCCCCUAGAGGCCCUCGCCCCGCCCGGCCCCCCGCACCUGGACACGGCUUCCCCCUCAUCAAACGCAAGGUGAGAUUGUGAGGACGCCACAGUCAGCUAAAGUUUGUAAUUCAAUGAGUCACUCGAUAAUUCAGCAUCCGACAGAGCAAGUCUUUUUAUGGAAUGUGGCGACAAGCCAACAACAGUCUACUAUUACUGCUAUUAAUAGGCAACGGUAUUGGUUAUAGUUGGAUAUAGUUUGACUAGUAGCACUAAUGUUUUCAAAGGAACAACUCUAUCUGGAUGUAAAUAAUGCGAACUGUACCAUAUUGUAUUAUUCUAAGAUGGCAGUACUAGUGUGUUUUGUGAUGUGUGUGUUGUCCAGGUGCAGUCAGACCAGUACAUCCCAGUAGAGGACAUCCAUGGAGAGAUGGGAGAGCUGGAGAAACAGCUGGAUGAGCUGGAGCAGAGAGGAGUGGCUCUGGAGAGAAAACUAAGAGACAACCCCAACGGUAAAACUAUCAGAUCAACCAGUGUUCUGCACUCCUGGCCAUCAUAUAAACCUCUUGAGACUCAUUUUAUGAUAUAGGGAGGUUGCAUGGUCUCAGAGGUCUGGAGAGUCUCUAUUAAAAUAUUUUUGUCCAGGACUCAGUUCAAUAGUCUAAUAGUCGGUUCAGUAGUCUUAUAGUCGGGUCAAUUGUCUAAUCGUUAGUUCAAUAGUUAAUGGUUAGUAGUCAGUUUAAUAGUCAAUAGUUUAAUAGUCAGUUCAAUAGUCAUUAUUUGAAUAGUCAGUUCAAUUACCUAAUAGUUAGUUCAGUAGUCUAAUAGUCAGUUCAAUAGUCUAAUAUUCAGUUUAAUAGUCUAAUAGUCAGUUGAAUAUUCGGUUGAAUACCCGGUUCAAUAGUCUAAUACCCGGUUCAAUAGUCUAAUACCUGGUUCAAUAGUCUAAUAGUCUGUUCAGUGGUCUAAUAGUCGGUUAGGUAGUUGUUAGUUUGAUCGUCUGAUAGUCAGUUUGAUAGUCAGUUCAAUAUUCCAAUAGUUGGUUCAAUAUCCUAAUAGUCAGUUCGGUAGUCAGUCUAAUAGUCACUUCAAUAGUCAGUCAAACAGUCGGGUCAACAGUCUAGUAGUUGGUUCCGUAGUCUAAUAGUCAGGUCAAUAGUCUAAUAGUCAGUUUAAUAAUCCAUAUUUGUAUCUAUAGUAUAAUCUUAUUAUAUUCUCAUGGUCGUGUUCCUGUCCUGUUAUAGAUGAGGAGGAGGAGACUUUGCUGGUGGACUGGUUCACUCUGAUCCAUGAGAAACACCUGCUGGUGCGCCGCGAGGCUGAGCUGGUCUACACGUACGUACCAAAGCCUCACCAGAGCCUGUGCUCAUUGGCCCAUUUGGCUGCAGUCUCUUUAAGAUUCUGACGCUAUUUCUUUUCUCUUGACAGGGACAAGCAGCAGAACUUGGAGGAGAGGCAGGCUGAUGUAGAGUAUGAGCUGAGAUGUCUUCUUAACAAGCCGGGUGUGUGAUCUCACUUCCUGUUUGUGAAUGAUAUCAUAGAGCACAAGGCCCUUGCACCUACCUGGGAUGGGAGGCUUGUUAACUAAAGACCUGGUUCCAUUUCAUUUCUCUUUCCUUCCUCUUUGGUGUUGGAGGACUGAAUUCACUGAAAUGGAACAGGGUCAAAAAAAUGAUAAAUGUGUUAAAAGUGACUGCAUUACUCUUCAUUCAUCCUCUCCUCUCAAUCCCUCCAUCUUGUAGAGAAAGACUGGAAUGAGGAGGACAAGGGCAGGGAGCAGGAGCUGAUGACAGAGCUGGUCACCGUCAUCGAACAGCGGAACCAAAUCAUCAACAACAUGGAUCAGGACAGGCAGAGGUAAUCAAUCACCUGUCAUCUACUGUCUGAGCUCAUUCAGAGCAGGAUGGGCUAGUAGGAUGAUGUUAGAUAGGUGAUCUGCAGUCAAUGUCUGUGUUUUUGGUGAUAUUACUGUGCUUCUCCAAUAGGGAAGAGGAAGAGGAUAAGCUGGUGGCGACCAUGUUGAAGAAAAAAGGUAAGACAAGACAAAAGCUUGUUUUGUUAGAACUUUCCCAUUGAUCUUCCUUUCCACUAUAAGUAUUCAAGCUUCUCGUCCAUGUCUCUGUCUUCCCCCCUCUCUCUCUCUUCGUUCUCUCCUUUCUCCUAACGUCCUCUCUCCAUCUCUCCCUUCCUCCAGACUUCCAGAAGGAGCCAGCAGCAGAGGGCGAGCAGCAACAGAAGAAGAAGAAAGAGAAGAAGUUUAAACCCAUGAAGGUUCUGAAGAGGUUGAGUGUGAACCAAGGCAAAGGCGGGAGCCCACGCAAGGAGAUACCAGAGAAGGACAAGAGCUGAACAAGGUAUAGAAGGAGGGAGGGAGAGGUGGAUGAUGGAUGGGAGACGGAAGAGGGAUACCAUCCUUUACAGGGGGGCAUAUCAGAAGGAAAGAGCAAGGAAACGACUGA